CACAGCUGCAUCAAAGGCUUAAUAAUAAAACUAUAGUCCAAGUCGUUAGUGUUGUAUCUAUCUGCUGGUUGUUGGCAACAACUUGUUGCACCGCCAGCCAUGGCACGCGACCAUUUGCCAACUUUCGACUUAGCACACACACCACCUUCUUUCGGCUCAACGACAACUGUGUCUGGUCGCGGCCUCGGCGCUGCUGGUCACGGCACAGGAGGUGCCAGGCGUCAUCGCAAGAUUCUUCGAGACAACAUACAAGGCAUCACUAAGCCAGCGAUUCGACGCCUUGCUCGUCGGGCUGGUGUGGUUCGCAUCUCCGUCUUGGUCCACCACGAGACGCGCGCAGUGCUGAGGACAUUUUUGUCGAGUGCCAUUCAAGACGCGAUCACCUAUUCGGAGCACGGACACCGCAAGACGAUCACAGGAAUGGACGUCAUUUACGCGCUCAAACGCCAAGGUCGAAUCCUGUACGGCUUCGGCGGUUGAACAUCACGUAGGAGUGUCUAAUCCUAAUGCAAUAAAUCCAUGAGGGGUGGAAAAUAUUGGUCUCUUCUCGAUGAGAGUGUAGUUGAGGACAGCAACUACAACACGAAUUUUCGAGGUCCACAUCCUGCGUGAACACUUCAUUUAGAAAAACUACAAAAUCCGCAAAAUUCACCUCGAUACUACAA